AUGGGCUUGAAGAGUACUGAUUUCUUCGAGAACACCUCCUACGAGGCCGACACACACAUCAUUGUGUGCAACGAGUGUCUGACACAUUUGUGUUUGUCGUCGCUCGUGCUCCUGGACAAGUUUUGCAGCCAGCUGGGCGACGCCUACCUAGUGGACCGCGUAAUCAACGUGCAGCCAGAUGGCGAGGACCGCAAAACGCCCAUGAAGACGGGCGUGUAUUUGAUCAACAAGAUCCGGUGUCUGCAGUGUGCCACCACGCUUGGCUGGCUCUACAAGAAACUGUUCAGCUACUCGGAGUUGUACAAGGAAGGCAAGUAUGUGAUUGAACGAGCCUUCAUCCACGAAAUCCCAAACCUCAGCUCGAACGAGGCAUUAGUGCGGCAGGCCCGCCGUCUGCGCCGCCGCCGCUCCUCCAAUAUGUCCAGUGUGUCUUCGAGCUCAGACGAGGUUUUGCCAACUCCAAGUUCGCUUGAUCCGAUGUUGCGUCGUGCCUUGGUUGGCAAGGACGACGACCACGUUUUUGUGGACGCUUAA